AUGUAUGAAAGACUCUUAUGGAGUUCAAUAAUGUCACCUUCGCUUAAUAAUAUUAAAGGAUUUGAACCACAUAGUAUAAUUAAUUUAGCCAUGAAUAAGCUUGUUAGUGGAAUGACUUACAUUUGUUGGAAAAAGGAAUCUAAAAAUAAUAUCAGUACCAUGAAUGCAUUAGCUAUUUUAGGACCUCAUUUAUGUAUAGACAUAGUAUUACAGUCUGAAUAUGCACCUAAUUUAAUGUCAAAUUUUAUGCAUUUUUGUAUUAAUAUCUCAGAUAAUCGUAAAAAUAUCAUUACAUCAAUGUUUACUGAACCUGUACUAGCAGAAGCAUCUGCUCAAAUAAUAAAUGAUUCAGAUAUUAAUCUUAUAGAAAAAUCUUUUAAUGAAGAACCUAGCAAGGAUCGAAUUUCUGCAGAAAUCGAAAAACUUCUGCAUAUGCCAUUUUUAUUAUUGUAUAUGCAAUUGGAAUCAUCAAAGGAGUUUUCUGAAGAUCUAUCAAGAAUAAUUGAAAAAAAAAGGGCAGGUAGUAGAAAAUGUAAACUUGAAGAAGCUUUGCAAGAUUACAAUAUAGAUUGUAAUGAUACGAGAGAUAGAUUUCUUAAAAGGAUCAGAACUAAGCUAAAUAAAGAUGUUAAAAAUUCCAAGAGUGUUGUAGAUAAUGUUUCAGAUGCUGAUAUUAAGGUAUUUCGGAAGUAUUUUCAAGUACCACUUGCAAUAUUUGGAUUAUCAUCAGAAGUUUACAGUUGUUUAAAACAGGCUACAACAUCUACUUCAGUUAAUGAUAGAAAUCUUGAAUAUAGCUUUAACAAUUAUCAACUGCUUAGGUUGAUCCUACACUGGGGAGAGAUUUAA